AGAGCCGAAGAUGUCGGCUCGGUCAUGUGAUCAGCUGUGUCCAAUCACAGCUGAUCACAUGGCACUGAUGAUCAGUAUAGCCCCCGAAGUGCCACCUGUCAAUGCCCAUCAGUGCCACAUGCCAGUGCCCAUCAGUGCCACAUACCAGUGCCCAUCAGUGCCACAUCAAUGCCACAUAUCAGUGCCCAUCUGAGCUGCCUUUGAAUGUCACCCAUCAGUGCCAGUCAGUGCCACCUAUCAAUGCCAAUCAGUGCCACCUAUCAGUGCUGCCAAUCAGUACCACCUAUCAGUGCCAGUCAGUGUCGCCUAUCAGUGAGCAUCAGUGCCAGUCAGUGCUGCCUAUCAGUGCCAGUCAGUGCUGCCUAUCAGUGCCAGUCAGUGCCGCCUAUCAGUGCUGCCAAUCAGUGCCACCUAUCAGU